GGCCGCCCGGGCCCGGCUCUUCCGGGGGCGGUGGGUCCGGCAUGAGCGACGUGGUGGAGCGGACGCUGAGCGCCCUGCCCGGGCUGCUGGGGCAGCACGACCCGGGGGCCGGCCCGGGUGGUGCCGGCGGCCCCGGCAGGGUAUCGGCCUCCUCCCGGCUCGGGAGCCUCAUCCGGAGCAUCACGGCGCUCACCUCCAAGCACGAAGAAGAAAAAUUAAUCCAGCAGGAGCUAACCAGUUUGAAAGCAACAGUUUCAGCCCCCACCACAACACUUAGACUGAUGAAAGAAUGCAUGGUGAGACUCAUCUAUUGUGAAAUGCUGGGCUACGAGUCUUCCUUUGGAUACAUCCACGCAAUCAAACUUGCCCAGCAAGGGAAUCUUCUGGAGAAGAGAGUUGGUUACUUGGCAGUUUCUCUAUUUCUACAUGAAAAUCAUGAACUGCUGCUUCUACUUGUGAACACAGUUGUGAAGGACUUGCAGAGCACUAAUCUUGUCGAGGUGUGCAUGGCAUUAACUGUUGUCAGCCAGAUCUUUCCAAGGGAGAUGAUUCCAGCUGUUCUGCCCCUAAUAGAAGACAAGCUUCAGCAUUCUAAGGAAAUUAUCCGAAGAAAAGCUGUUCAAGCUUUAUACAAAUUCUAUCUCAUUGCUCCUAACCAAGUUCAGCACAUCCAUGAUAAGUUCCGGAAGGCUCUAUGCGACAGGGAUGCUGGAGUCAUGGCUGCUUCUUUGCAUAUUUAUCUGCAAAUGAUCAAGGAAAACUCAUCUGGAUACAAGGACUUGACUGGGAGUUUUGUAACCAUCCUGAAGCAGGUGGUGGGAGGAAAGCUCUCUGCUGACUUCAACUAUCACAGUGUGCCAGCACCAUGGUUACAAAUUCAGCUUUUAAGAAUUUUGGGGCUGCUGGGAAAAGAUGAUCCAAGGACAAGUGAAUUGAUGUAUGAUGUUCUAGAUGAAUCUUUAAGAAGAGCAGAGAUUAAUCAUAAUAUUACAUAUGCCAUCUUGUUUGAAUGUGUCCAAACAAUUUAUACAAUUUAUCCCAAAUCGGAAUUACUUGAAAAGGCUGCCAAGUGCAUUGGAAAAUUUGUUUUGUCACCCAAAAUUAAUUUGAAAUACUUAGGUUUAAAGGCUCUGACCUAUGUUAUCCAGCAGGAUCCAAACCUGGCACUUCAGCACCAGAUGACAAUAAUUGAAUGUCUGGACCAUCCAGAUCCCAUUAUUAAAAGGGAGACAUUAGAGCUUCUCUACAGGAUUACAAAUGGGCAGAAUGUAAUUGUCAUAGUCCAGAAGAUGCUUGACUACUUAAAAGAAAGCCAAGAAGAAUAUGCUAUCAUCAGCUUAGUUGGCAAAAUAGCAGAACUAGCUGAGAAAUAUGCCCCUAACAACGAGUGGUUCAUCCAGACAAUGAAUGCUGUGUUCUCAGUUGGAGGUGACGUUGUGCAUUCUGAUAUCCCAAACAACUUCCUGAGGCUGCUAGCUGAAGGAUUUGAUGAUGAAAAAGAAGAUCAUCAGCUGCGAAUGUAUGCAGUACAGUCUUAUUUGGCAUUACUUGAGGAGGAGGAUAAAUUGUAUCCACAGAAAUUCCUACAAGUUAUGAGUUGGGUGUUGGGAGAAUAUUUCAGUCUUGUUACAGAUGUUGAUCCAGAAGUUAUUUUGACAAAGCUGCACAGCCUGAUGAAGAAGACUUUUGUUACUUCUGAAACUAAAGCUUGGAUAAUGGCUGCAGUCACCAAGAUAGCAUCACACACUUCCUGCUCAAAAACAGUGGAUGAACUAAUCCAAGAACUCAGCAGCUCUCUGGAUACAUGCCUGAGACAAUAUGCCUUUGAAUUGAAGCAUCUGUGUGAAGACAAAGCACUGAUGAAAAGCUUGCUUCCAUUUGAUGCUAGUUGCACUGACCUGGUGGUAGAUGCUUCCUUAUCUUUUCUGGAUGGGUUUGUGGCUGAGGGACUUGGUCAUGGUGCAGCACCAUAUAAGCCUCAUCACCAGAGACAAGAGGAGAAACUUUCUCAGGAAAAAGCUCUGAAUUUUGAACCUUAUGGAUUGUCCUUUGCUUCAAGUGUGUCCUCAUCUGGUGUCACUGGCAGACAGUCCCCCACUGGUUUAUCUUUUGGCUCUGAUAUAUCUGGGAAUAGUGCUGAGACGGGGCACAAAGAGACAAACACUCUGAAACUUGAGGGGGUACGGAGGCUGUGGGGAAAAGAAGGUUACCUUCCAAAGAAAGAAAACAAAGGGAAAGAAAACGAGCCCCAAACAGUGCCUUGUGGCAGCUUAUUAGCAGGACAGGUGGGGGAACCUCCUGCAUUGCAGCCUGAUCAAGGUGCCAGCCUGUCUGAGGAAGACAAAGAGAAGCAGCAGUUAGCAUCAACUUUGUUCAUUGGGCUGGGAUCAAGUGCUGGUGUCAGCCUGAUGGGCAAAGCAGAGACAGCUACUCAGAAGUUCAAAAGGAAAUCGAAGAUAAAUGAAACUCAACAGUUGAGUGAGGAGGCAUCAGACUUCCAAAACAGUGCUGCUUCAGAUUUUGGUCCCUUACUUGAUACAGUACCUGUUAAUGUGGAAGACUCUGAGGGAAGUAUGCACACAAGGUUAAGGAAAGCCUCCCCUUGUUCUUCAGAUAUUGUAGAAGACAAUUUAGCAUUUGAAACACCUCAGUCCCUCAGAAAAUCUGUGCUGGAUGAGAGAAUUUCAGCUAACAGGCUGUCACAGUCAUCUUUGUUUGCUGAUAGCAAUAUUGAAAUUUUUCAGCCUUCUUCAAGUGCUCAAUGUGAAAGUGCCAGUGAAACACCAUUGGUCCCUUCCUUACCAGAAGAACUUGAAGGGCUUCCUCACUCUGAAGUAGUGAGACUUUGUCAGAGUGAUGCCUUAGCUCUGCAUUUAUGUAAGGUGUGGACAGAUGACUCUCUGUUGCUCAUUGUUUUUGUUUCAAAUAAAACCACUUCUGCACUUCAUGCUGUGAACUUUGUGUUUGAAGAAACAGAACACUUUCAGAUUUUGGAGAGUGCCACCUCCCAGUUUCCUGUAAUUGAAGCUCAAAGUGUGGAACAUUGCCAGAAAUGCGUGAGGAUGAACAAAGUCUGUACACAGGCACUUCUUCCUGGCUCUGUUAGUUACCAGUCAGAGAUGGAAACUUGCCUUGAAUUUUCAGUAACUUUAUCAUUGUUGGACUUCAUCAGGCCAAUGGAAAUGACUACAGAAGACUUUGGGAAGCUGUGGUUGUCUCUUUCCAAUGAUGUGAAACAGAAUAUAAAAAUGUCAUCUUGCCAAGAUUCCCUUUUAGCAGCCCUGGAUACUCUGCAACAGAAGCUGAAACUCCACAGAGUUGAUGUUAUAGGUAAUGAGGGAAUCCUGGCCUGCCAGCUCCUUCCAUCUGUGCCCUGUCUGCUGCACUGCCGUACCCACUCAGGGAUGCUGGCCCUGUGGUUCAGAUCCCCUUGUGCUGCUCUUCCAGAUGGUUUGCUCUAUCAGUGUCAGAGGGUGAUGGAAGAAUCCUGAGAACAAUAGUGCCUGCCUUAAUCUAUUUGGUGUGUGAAAGCAAGUCAAAGAUUUUUACAGUUGCACAGAUAAUUACCAAAGCUAAACUAAGAUACUGCUUCUUCAAGUAUUAAAAAAGUUUUCUUCCAGCUGGCAAUGUCCAAGUGGACUUGUGGGGGAAAAAUGGUGACCUAAAUUACCCCUGCAAAAACAUGCUCAGGACUGUACAGUACAUUAAAGUAUUGUUACCUGUGUAAGUGAAAUGUAUAUUAAUUUUGUUGUAAAUGACUGAAAGUAUUUAUUUUUAUUACACAGCUUUUAUAGAUGCCAACACUUGUUCUUCAUGGCAACUACUUAAAUAUGAUUUUGAAGAAAACAUAUUUCCAUGAUGAGGUCAGACUUGAUCAGUUAUUUAAUUUUAUUUUGAUAAUUUUUCUAAAGCUAUUUUUAAGCACUCCUGGCAACAAGACCCAUAUUGGUGGUUAUAUAGAAUAACUUAUGUAGCAACAAAUGCAUGGUUUUAAAGCAGUUAAAAGAUUCUCGGGGGCAAAACACUUCCCAUGAUCUUUGAUGUUUACCAUGGAAGGGAUAACAUCUAAUUAGGCUUUUGAUAGGAGUCAGGCAUGUGAAAUUGUUUGGAAGCACCUCCUGGGGGAUUAGCUGAAGCCCUUCAGGUUAGUUCCUGUCUGCAGUUCUUCCUGCCCCAGAUUUCAGACUCAUUCCCUUUCCAUAGGGAAUGUGACAGUCACUGAGUAUCUGUGCAUGUCUAAGCUGAAGUUCCAUGUGGAUCAGCUCUGAGAUGACUGAGCUGGGGGCACUUGGCUGUGGACAUGUUGACUCCCUGACUGUUGGGUAGUGAACAUGUUCAUUGCUUUCCAGUCCACCCUAUAAAUUUAAUCUGGCCAAAAUCCCUGUGCAUGGAAAUUCGCAAGGGGAAAACUUCCAUUUAUUUUUACUUCUAAUUAUUUAUAGCCUCGGUAUGACUCAUCAAAGGUCUGACUUGCAGAGAUGUGGUUGUGUUGUGUGUGCAUGCCUGGGAACUGCAGCAAGGCAUGAGGGAUUAAAUCACAGCAGCAAAUGUGGAAAAUGUGUCUGAGCAGAUUGUCUCCUCUUCCUGAAAUAACCUCACUAUCUUGAAAAUCCAGCAAUCUUAAAUUAUUUAGAUGCUAAAUGAAAAAUAGUACUGGUUAGCAUUUAUAGCUGGUCAUGUUUUCUAUUUAAGCAUCCAAGAUUGUACACACAGUUCAGCCAUGGUACAAAGGGAUUCUGGGGUGGAGUUCCCUACUUCGUGUGUUUAAUAGUAACAAGGAACCUCUCACAUGUCAGCAUUACUGAUUCUCACCUGAUAAGCACUGGUUGUAAAGGAAAAUAAAGUAUUCUUUUACUUUGCUGUUUAGGUAAACAUUCAUAAAAUUGUUUUAAGAAUGUUAAUGUGCUGAUAGCAAUUUUUCUUUUAAGGCAAGCUACUUGUGUUAUCACAAGUUUAAUCAUCCGAGCAAAGUUCCUUUUUUAUUUUUGUUUCAGUACCCUCUUACUGAGGAAUUUAAAGUGCACUGAACCUGUAAAUAUAUUUAAUGUUCUGCAUACUUAAAUGUUUACUUGGCACUUCAAGACAGUUUAUAUAAAUGAAAACUGAUUUAUAGUGGAAUAAUUUCCAGCAGAUGAUUUCCCUGCUGGUAAAUAAGACUUGUGUUAUGCAAUUUGACUUCUGUAAUUAUAGGAACUCUGAUACAAAUAUCUGUUUGUGGCCUAUGCAUUUAAACCAUUUCAGCAAGGAGAUGUUCAAUGUCCUGGUGUUUAAAGAACUGCAAAGACAACAAUGCCUUCUGUUGUUAAUGUAAUGUUCUCUGUAACCUUUCUCACUGUAUGAAUAGUGUAUGUUAAGGUGUCAGUGUUCUGAUUCUAAUUGCUUUAUGGUAUCAUCACUUAAAGGAGUGUGCAGGGAACUGUACCUGUGUCAGUCAUUGUUUUUGGAUUGCCCAACAAAUACUGUUCUGAAUCUAUCACCAUAUUUGCAUUUCUUGCAGUUUAAUAAAAUUCAGUUUUAUUAAAUUCAGUUUGAUACCUGUUAAAUGUUCUUUUCCAUCAGAUGUAGCAGUGUUACUGGAUAUUAAGAACUAGUUUCUAUUUUAAUUGUUUCUCUUUGCAUCUGAACAGUGAAACAGCACAGAAGUCUUGAAUCCAUUAAUAAUUUAAAUGUCUUGUUUCUCAGUUGGAGGUAUCAAAACAGUGAAGGACUACACUUUUUAAGCAGCAUUGUGUGCCAGCUCACAUUAUCCAAACCUUUUUUUGGAAUACUGCCAGAGCGUGAGUUUGUUUUUAGGCAUCACAGGAGAUUUCAGUGUCUCUUGUUAUUCACGGCUGACAGGAAUAGCAUCUUUUUAAGUUCAGUGCAAGCAUGAGCCAUUGCUGUGGAGUUGGGAGCUUGGGCAGUGUGACAUUGGCUGAGUUGAAGGUGGUUGCAGCCCUGAGCUGAGCCUCGAGGCUGUUUGGUGUAACAAAGCUGCUGCUGUGUACCAGGAGUCCUGGCUGAGCUGGGGAGCUCGGGCCCUGGAGAGCCUCCAGGGUUAACAUGUCAGCAUUUCAGUGCUGGCAAUCCUUCUGAUCUUGAGCCAGCAUCCAGUUGUCUCAGAAACAGAGCUGCAGAAGUAACUCUACAAAGGAAUGUUAUUCCAUCUAGCUCUGUAUUGAAAAGUCUGUUGUAUCCUCAUCUUCCAUAGUCAAUUUCUUUUCUUUGUGCCUUGGUCGAUCUUGAAUGAUGAAGCUGUUUUCCAGGAAGGGAGAUAAGGUGCAGAGAAGCAGGCCAGAAGGAAGAGAGCGCAUGAGCAGUUUGCAUGAAGGAUUUGGCUCAAGAGGCAGCCAGAGGCCAGUCAGUCUGUACUGACCGUGCUGAGCUGGCAGGUUAAUGGGGACUGGACCAAACCCCUAGGUACCAGGAGGCCUCACUGUUCUACUGCUGUGUGCCCUGUGAGUUCUGGACAUGUGGGAGUCAGCAGGAAAGUGAUUGUAUUGGAUCCAUAUUUCAACUGUUCUGCCAGCUUCUACCUCCUUACUCCAAGUGUUUUCAGGUAUUUUUACCAAAACAAACACUUUGGUAGGAAAACUGGAGGAAGUGCAACAUGGCAGUUUGAGGCAGGAUGUUUUCUUAGAUACAGACUUAAUCUGUUGGAUUCUAUUACCUCCUGCUAAGUAUUCCCAAAUCCUCCUCAUUCUGUAAGGACCCAAAAGAGUAAAUUUGUAUAAUGGAUGGCAGGAUCUUGAGGUUUUCCUGUACUUGCAAGUAGCUCAUAAAUGACAUUGAUGGUUUCUAAGUAUUGGAAAAGUGUUUUCCUCUUGUGGAGUCCCACCAGUAGUUUUUCAGCAUAAAAAGCUGUGUUAUCUUUUUCUGUGUGGGUAAGACUGUGUGUGGUCUUUUUUUGGCAUUGAUUUAUGUAAGAACAAAUACAGACCUGCUUAAGUCAUGCAGUUAAAACUUGCUUUUUGCAUUUCUGUUGCUGUGGUGAAACUUAAUUGUGCUUUAUUUACUGCUUGGUUUUCUUCCGGGCCAGCUAUUUAUGUGCCUGUCUCUGAGAAUAUUUCUCUAGCACAAAUCAGAUCACAUGCUCAGUAUGAUGUGCAGCUCUGUGGCACAGGCACCAUUUCAUUAACAUGUCAGAAGUGGUCCCUCCCGUGAGAGUUUCUUAAACAUUAACAUUUUUGUCUUUAUUAUAUAAAGUUGGCAGUGAUGAAGCAAAGAAUAUUGUGUCCUGCCAUGAUAUGAUUCAUAAAAUUAACCUGACAGAAAUGUUUUACCAGCAGGAAGGCUCAAAGCACCACUUAAGGAGAUUGCUUUAAACUUUGAUUUUAAGGUAGUUGUCAGUUUUCUCUUCGUGCCAGUAUUUCACUGCUUUCAGUAUAAUUGCCAUGUGAGCUGUUUGCAAAUCCUGAGCUCUUUCAGCCAAAACAGUUUGCCUUUUCUGGGAAUAAGGACAGGAGAAUAAAUGUUUCUUGUUAAAACAUUGUGGUAGGUUCCAGCAUCUCCAUGUUUAGGACAGGGCUGUGAAAUCUGUUAGGAAUGUGUCUUCUAUCUACCUUAAAUCACAUCAAGCUAAACGGGGCUGAAUAUAUAAUGGGAAACUUGCAAGAAGGUCCUUGAAAGAGUGAGAUUUUGGCUUGUGGUACCUGCUCUUGUGCUGCUGACAUGUGCUUGUGAUACAAUAGAGGUGGUAGGAUAAAUAAAUCAACAAAAAGGGCAGUAAUCACACAUUUUUAAUCCACAAAUGUGAUAAUACAUAAUAUAUUUAAGGUGACCUGAACAUUGCCCAUAUUUUAGCAAUGUUUUUACAUACCAAGCUACAAGUACAAAAGUAAACAAUGAAUAUACAGGAUAUGCAAGUAUGAGAAAUACUUGAAAACAUAUCUUUCCUUAAGGCUACUCAGAUUAUUUUU